CGUCCGAGGAUCCCGGCGUCGCUAUCAUGUCGACGGCCAUGAAUUUCGGGUCCAAGAGCUUCCAGCCACGGGCCCCGGACAAAGGCAGCUUCCCGUUGGAUCACUUCGGUGAAUGUAAACGCUUUAAAGAGAAAUUCAUGAAGUGUCUCCGUGACAAAAAUUUUGAAAAUGCUUUGUGCAGAAAUGAAUCGAAAGAAUAUUUAGAAUGCAGAAUGGAGAGGCAAUUGAUGGCACAAGAACCACUGGAAAAACUGGGAUUUGGAGAUUUGAUAGAUGGAAAGUCAGAGACAAAAAAAUAAAUUUUGAUGGGAAGAAGACCACCAGGCUGUGUUGGGGGCAUCUGGGACAGAGCUGUGCACGGCUCCCCUGCCAAGUGUGCUUACUGGGCAGCGCGACUAAGUGGUGCCCUUGCCGGCUGUGCGGUCAGUGGAGAAACCCUGCCUCAGAUCUGUCUCAGAGCUAGGGAGAUGGCUCAUUUUCUGAAGCUUCUCAAGUUAUUUUGAAAAUAAGUUAGUCCUUUGGAUUCUCAUUUUUUCCCUUAAAUGAGAAGGGCUUUCUCCUUAAGUCUGCGUGUGUGGUAGUUCCUGGGAGGGCCCUGACAGAGGUGGUGGGGAUGCCAGAGUGACACCUCGGUUGGGGAGUGGUGCCUUGGGUCUAAUGUGAAACUGCCCUUUUACAGCAUCGGUAGCAUCAUCUGUUUCUUCUCAGUCUUAACUGCUCUGUAUUUGCAAAUUUUGGUCAGUUAGUUAGAGAACUGUGUCAGAAAACCAUUUCCUUGCAAAAUGGUUUCCUCUUUGUGCUCAAAUCUCUGCAUAGCUUAUUACUUUUGCUUCUGUUUGUUUCUUUACAAGGUAGAGUACAAACUAGGAAGUAAGAAAUUCUGGCUUUUUUUUUUAACUUUUUUUCCUGUUAAAAACAUGUCUUUGGAUGGUCACUGAACUGCACACCUUUCUAACCAAUGGGUCAUUUUUUGAUUUGUACCAGACCGUAUUUGUAAAAGCAGGUGUUCAAGUUCAACAACUCAUUUAUUGUACCUGAAAACUGAAUACAUUUGUAGUUUGACCUUCAAGUGUCUGUUUUCCGCAUUCAAUAAGAACACACAGGUGUGCGGACUGGCGCUUGCUUCUGGGCUUCCUGAGCAUGUGCCUGUGCCGGCACCAUGGAGUCCUGUCUCCACUGUGGGCUCAGCCGCGCGCUCAGCUGCGCACUGCCAGCAUCAUCUCCAGUCAGCCCAUCCUCACGUGGGUCCAAAUCCUGAGCAGGAUUUCUGAGGCGGUUUCCAUGUCCAGCCAGAGUUCAGAGCCAUGAGCAGAAUGCUGAGUGCUCUGGAAGUCUGGGCCUACUUGCCCUCUGACCCUAGUGCUUUGGGGAGGGGCUGGCCCCAGUAGAUUACCUUCCCCAUCAGCUGGCUGGCUUUUGUCAUGGUGAGAGGAGAAUCUAGGCUGUACCCCGACAGCAACCUGGUAACUGAGCUUUCUCUAGGUCCUUGCAGAUGGGGACCCUGAGCCCCUUGUCAGCAGGAGGUAGAGCCGGGUCUGCUUCCCUGGCUUCAGUCCCGCAUGGUGACUGUCUCCUGGUUAAGCCCUCCCUGAAUCAAGUCCCUCUCAUGCUGGUUUCACGUCCGUGGUGCCCAGACAGCCCCAGUGACGCCAGCAAUGGUUUUUUUUACCGCUCCUCCAAUCUACACUUCGGCACUGUCGGUAUUCUAAAAACCGGAUUUCUUAUAUAUUCCCUGGUUUGUGCAAAGUGUUGAUUUGGCUCACCACAUCCAAACAGCUAUCCAGAUAUUUUAUGUUUUCCAACAGUAAGAAUGCACAGGUUAUUUAUUGCAGCUUUGGUUGUAAUUACAAAAUAGCAAAGUGACCCAGACCCAGCAUGUAGGAUAGUUUGAAUAAUCAAUGCUCAUCCCCACAGCAAGCACUGCAAGGCCAGGAAAGGGUGAGCUCAUAGCAUUAUCACACUAAUAGCUAAAUAAAAGAAAGUCUAACAGCAGCUGGGAUGUGCUUUUAAAAAGAGCAUUAAACUACACAUCUGUACAUUUGUAUAAAAAAAAAUUUCAGGAAGGAUAUAACAGAAACUAAAGGGAAUGGAGACUAGUGGUCAGGUGGGCAUGGGCACCUGUCUCACCACCCCCUUUAGUUCUGACUUGGAACACAUGUACUAUGUGCUCAGUAAAUAAAGUGGGCUGUGGAGCGCCCCGAGGGCUCACCAGCAGUAACACCGCACCGCCUCCACCCCAUUGUGAAUUCUAGCUCUGACCACAGUGAGCAGGGUCUUGCCUAAGUAACUUCGAAAAAAAGUAUUUACCUAAAGCUAUUGCCAAAACGAGAUUUUGUACUGGAGUUAGUGAAUUUUUCACAUGAAUAACAGUUUGGAACUUAUAGUCUAAGAUUGGAAGAACCAGAGAAAUGUGACUAAUGAGAGGGCUUUCUGAUACAGAAAGACUGUGUGCUGCCAGGCCAGGAACAGCUUGUGUCUGGAGGUGAUAGGGACGGUCUCAAGGAGCAUUAGACUACUUGGUCCUCAUUGCUCAGCAUUGACUAUGUCUUGGGGUUUUGUUGCCAAAAUACAUACCCUCCAUCUAAUGAGAAAACACCAGAUAAACUCUAGCCAAGGGACAGUCUACAAAUGAAGGUCAGUGAUUUGGCAGGAAAGUCAGGGUCCUGGACCAGGCAGCAUGAGGCAGGUGGUGUCGAGUGGAUAAGUAUCCUUUUGGGGGUUUUGGGGAAGAUCACCAUACUAACACUGGCUUAUGUUUGCUGGAAGUCUGAAAUUAUUUAAAUGCAAAGUUUAAAACUGCAUUAAAUUCUCUACAGAAAGCUUACAGAGUUGAGUAAACUCUUUAAAUACAUUCAUUGAAUUUCAACUAGGGAUGGUGCAGAUAUAUGACUUCAGCAAGCCAAGAAAAGAGUUGGGGGAGCAGUCCCAAAAUAGGCUGCAAUGUGGCGAGUUCCGCUUCUCCACAGGGCAACAGCAUCUUCAAGUAUUACCUCUGGUUUUCUAGAUCUGAGUUGCUAAAAGUGCUGAAACACUGAAAUGCUUGCUUAGGAAGUAUAGGUCUGUCCGACCUGCCAAAGCACACUUUGGUGAUCCAUCACUUUUCUCACACACAUUUGCCACCAUCAGCCAAAAUAGGUGCCACGGAUAGUUUAAACGUUCUCCUUAGGCAGGAGAUAAGUCAGGGAAGUCAGGCUUCUGUGGCCAGGUGUUGGCUUCCCUGGAUCUUCCCAUCAGGCCCGGAGCUGCCCUGAUGGGAAGGAGUUACUCAACACAGGCCCGAGCCCAAAGGAAGGCCUAGUUGUGCCCGAGGGGACACUGGCGCUCCCAGACAGCUGGGGUUUAUCUCUUAUUAUCUGUGGCAACACAGUUGGGCUAGAAUUUAUCUCAGGAAUGACUUUUUCUGAAAUCCUGCGCUUGCCUCAUGUUAUUUCUUGCUGGCUCAGGACAGAGAUGGCUAUGCAUUUAAUACACAGAAUCAAAGUCAAAAUCCAGCCAAACCAGCCAUUGCAUGUGGACAUGAUCCCCUUGUAAAAUGGCGAAGACAUUUCCUAGUUUUAGUGGACGCGGGAGGUCUGAAACCCUGUGCAGUGGGUGUCCAGGAGGCCCACCCUGCGGCAGCGUUGGCUCUUCUGCCCCCGUUUCUCUUUGUGACUGUUUUAUAACAAGCGUGCAUCCUUUUUACAGAAACAAUAAAAUCUUUACUUU